UUGUGAAUUAUUAGACCGUUUUUUAAAACUAUUUUUAUUAUCCUUGGCAACACUGUUUUAUAUUUAUUUAUUGUUGGAAUCAGCAACUAAUAGGGACUUAUAAUAUUAGAGAAAAACGACUCAUACUUACAUGUUGGUAUUGCUGAUUUUUAUAUUUUUUUCUUUUGACGUUUAAUUAUUCCCGGACGAAUUGACAUUUAUUAAAAUUUUUAUCUUUUAUAACUUUUAUCAAAAUAGUGUGCUGCAAGAGGGAAAGGCACGUUACCUUCAGAGUGAUUAAAAUAUGACAAGAAAAUGAGCGACGAUACUCCCGUGACAACAUUAAUAUUACCAGUUUUAAUUCGUCCGAUUUUAUCUCAAUUAGAGAAACAAAAUGUAGCAGCUUCGCAAACUUUGCGUGCAGCUUUUACAAAAGUUGAGGCGUCAUGUCCAGGAUUAACUCUAGAUAUAGUUUUGGGGAUUUUAAAACAAGGCGAACUGACCGUUAACAUGAACGAAAGUAUAUUGAGAUUGCAAGGAUCAGUUUCUGAUACAGAUGUUGAAUAUAGACUCAAUCGAUCUGAAGAUGCAUUCCAAGAACUGAAUAGAAAAUCUGCAGCUUUAAAACGAAUUCUAAGUAGAAUACCUGAUGAAAUUAUGGAUCGUAAAACAUUCUUGGAAACUAUUAAGGAAAUAGCAAGUGCCAUUAAGAAACUGUUAGAUGCUGUAAAUGAAGUUAAUGCCUUUAUACCAGGAAGUACUGGCAAACAAGCUGUAGAGCAAAGAAAAAGAGAAUUUGUAAAAUAUUCCAAGAAGUUCAGUAAUACUUUAAAGGAGUAUUUCAAGGAAGGACAAGCCAACUCUGUCUUCGUUAGUGCACUAUAUCUAAUCCAUCAGACUAACAUGAUAAUUACAACUGUUAAAAAUAGGUGUGAAUAGGAAUAGUGACCUACAUUAUAUAAGACUUCCAUCAAGGUAAUUAAAAUGGUUGAAGUUUUUCAAGUAUUAGUUGAUGAUUCCAUAUCUUAAGUACAACUUCUAAAAGCAUGAGCGAUUUUCUUGUAAAAUAUGUGUUAUAAAGUAUUACAUUGUUAUCAGACGCGGACAGUAGUUUCAUGUCAUCUGUAGAUUGUGUAAUUACUAAAUUUGUUUAUUUUAAUAAUGGAAUUAAAGGGAGAUAACAUACAGG